CAUCAGUCAGUCUGUUCCCAGAGUUCCUCCAGUCCUAUCUCAGACACUCCUCCACUGCUGUCUUUGACCUGCUGGGGGAGUAUGAAGCCAUCUGUCAAGACAAGGUGGACAUGCUCCAGAGGCUGGUAUUGAGGGCAGCUCCAGGGCAACAGAAGUCCUCUAAGACUGCUGGCUGAGAUGGCUUUUACAGCUGGAGAUGGUCACCUGGCGCCUCAUCACUUCUCUAUACAGAGACAGGAUCCAGUCAGAGCUGGAGGAUGACAUCAUGAUGGAUGUGGCUGCUCCCGGUGUUAGUGAGAAGGUGGUGAUGGAACAACUUUUCCAGAGAGAUGCUGUAGUACGCCAGAGUCAGUUGGUUGUGGAUUGGUUAGAGAGUAUCGCCAAAGAUGAAAUCGGGGACUUCUCCGACAACAUUGAAUACUACGCCAAGUCUGUCUACUGGGAGAAUACCCUUCAUGCUCUGAAACUGAGAAGAAACACCUCCAGCACAGGCUUCAAUGUUCCCCUGGUUACUGAGCUGGACCCUGACGCCCCCAUCAGACAGAGACGUCCCCUGGCAGACCUGGACAGAGAGGAUGAUGCCAGACUGCUGAAGUACCUCUUCACCCUCCUCAGAGCGGGCAUGACUGACGAGGCCCAGAGGCUGUGUAAGCGCUGUGGCCAGGCAUGGAGAGCUGCUACUCUGGAGGGAUGGAAGCUGUACCACGACCCCAACAUCAACGGAGGCGGGGCAGAGCUGCUACCGGUGGAGGGGAACCCUCAGCGCUGUGUGUGGAAGGUCUGCUGCUGGAGGAUGGCUGAUACUGAACACUUCAGCAAAUAUGAGAGAGCCAUCUACGCUGUUCUGAGUGGGAACCUCAAACGGCUGCUCCCAGUGUGUGAGUCGUGGGAGGACAGUGUGUGGGCCUACUUCAGGGUCCUGGUAGACUCUCUUGUGGAACAGGAGGUCCGGUCCUCAGGGAUGGGCAGCGAGGAGCUGGAGGAGCUGCCACGAGAAUACCUGGAGGCCAACUGGACACUAGAGAAGGUGUUUGAGGAGCUGCUGGCAACAGAGUCAAAGAAAGUCCUGGAAGAGACGAAAGAACACUACCACAUUAUCCAGAAGUUAGUUAUCCUUGGUGACCUGGACGGUCUGUUGGAGGAGUUCAGUAACUGGUUGACCAGGAGUCCUGCUCUGCCCUCUCACCUGCUGCGCUUCAUGACACACCUGGUGUUGUUCUACCGUAGUCUGGGCAUGCAGCUCAAGGAGGAGGUCACAGUGGAUGUCCUGAAGGCCUACAUCUCUCUGUUGAUGAGGGAGAAGCACGUUGAUCUGAUAGCCUUCUACGUCAGUCACCUGCCGCCAGACCUGGCCACCGCCCAGUACGCUCUCUUCCUGGAGGAGGUCACCGAGGCUGAGCAGAGACAACGCUGUCUGGAGCUGGCCAGGGAGGCAGGUCUGGACGUGGCAGCGGUCACUAAGAUGGUGGUGGAGAAGUUGUUCAUCAGAGAGAGACACACUGAUUGA